GCGGGGCCAGGGCCUCCCCGCAGCCCUUUAUGAGGGGUGCCCGACCGGUCCUCCCCGUCCCCGGCCAGCUACAGCCCCGCGGGCGCCCGCACGGCAGCAAGCUCCAUCCAGCCUGGCCCAAGGAUGGAGUCACUCCCUGAAGCAGUCCUGAUCAGAAUCCUGGCUUCCAUCCCUGCGGUGGAGCUGGUGCUGGCGUGCCGCCUGGUCUGCUGCCACUGGAAGAACCUGGUCGAUGGAGCUGCCGUUUGGAUCCUGAAGUGUCAGCAGGAAGGCCUUGCUGGAGCAGAGGCACAGAAUGACACAGAGAACUGGCAAAACUUCUACUUUCUGAGUAAGAAAAGGAAGAAUCUCAUCAAGAACCCAUGUGGUGAAGAAGACUUGCAGCACUGGGGAGAGGUAGAGAAUGGAGGUGAUGGCUGGAAAAUCGAAGAGCUUCCUGGGGACUUUGGAAAAGAAUUCCCUAGUGAAGAAGUCCAUAAAUACUUUGUUACAUCUUAUGAGUGGUGCCGAAAGGCUCAGGUCAUUGACCUAAGGGCUGAGGGCUACUGGGAGGAGCUGAUGGAUACAACCCAGCCUAAAGUUGUGGUAAAAGACUGGUACGCAGGACGCAGUGACGCCGGCUGCCUCUAUGAACUCUGUGUGAAGCUGCUGUCAGAGAAUGAGGAUGUUCUGGCUGAGUACAAAAGUGAGACUAUUUCCAUCCCACAGGAUAAUGAUGCCAGCUGGACUGAGAUCUCCCACACCUUUGCCAACUACGGGCCUGGGGUCCGCUUUGUCCGCUUUGAGCACGGUGGCCAAGACACUCUGUUCUGGAAGGGCUGGUAUGGUGUCCGUGUUACCAACAGCAGCGUGACAGUGGAGCCAUAGCCCUGGCUGGCCUGGGGCCUGCAUGCUGGAGCUGACUUCCCUCAGGGCAUCCCAUGGCCUUUGGAUGUUUUCUGCAUGGUGCUGCUUCUGGGCUGUAGAGCAUACAACCUUUCUGCCAGUGAAUGUGCCUGCAAGAUGCCUGGGGCCACCACCCAUCUCGCCUCAAGAGGACUAUGCAAAGGAUGGGACUAGAUCUGUGAAUGCACCACAGGAGACUCAGCCUCGCUGCUUGCACUGGUGUUACCUGACAGACAUGAGAUCACCUGAAAAUCCUGCAGACCUUACUUCUGAGCCACUAACCCCUAGCACUCAGCCCAAGCUAGACACUCCUCCUGCCUGCUUCCCAGGCUUAGGCACCCCUUAACUUUUAAGGGUAUUUUGGACAUAUUUUCUGGAAGUUAGAGUGGAAAAAAAGGAGGAAAGAAAAGCAUAGACCUUGUGUCUGAGGACAGGGGAGACGCAGAGCCCUGUCACAUCUCUGUCACCAACUGCUUCCAUGACCUGCAGUGACAAUCUUAGCUUCUCCCAUUUAUAAACAACAGAUGUUAUUGCUUGCCUCACAGAAGCUCUAGCUUGGCCACCAAGUGCUAUUCUGACUCCCCAGUUAAUUUUUAGUGACGAUAAUGCACAGCAAUAGGAAUCAGAUCCUUUUACGCUGUUCCCAGCACCCAUUUAUCAAGGAGAGUACUGGGAACUGAAACCUCUCUGGUAUCCAACCCUGAGACUUCAUUUGCCUUCCUCAGACAGACAGCAACUGAGAAUAAUUGCUGGGAGAGUAGGACUUAAGGAAACGGGUUAGAAGCAAACUGGGGAGGGGGUCCAGGAACAAAUGAAAACGAGCUCCUUCCUGGCCUCUGCAUGCUUCAAUACAGCACGCACCCUGGUUAUCCAGUAUGACUCUUGGCAAGCAGAUGUUCUUCACACAGAAAGCUACCAUUAGCCCCACUUGGUUGCAGUUCUUCUACUAACAGUGUCUGCAAAAAGUACCUGUCUGCCUCCACUCCACAUGCUCACUGACAAAGCAGCACUUUGUACAUGCUCCCACUAGUGCCUCUUGGUGUCACUCAGGGCUGUGAGCCACCAUUCUGGACACAGGCACUUGAGCUUCCCCAAGCCAAGCCUGUCCCAGCUAGUCAGUCCUCUCCAAAGAGCAUCCCCUUUGUAGAGCUGGUGUUGCAUAAAGACAGAUGGUCACACAACUGUGAGUGCCUGUCUGUCUUCCCUUCCUGGGCUGCCAGGGCAUACAUACUUGAAUGGCACCUUGCAUCAAAGUGCACUGUUGAGGUGCAGUGUAGCCAAAGAGGACAGCUCUGAGCUGGGCACUGGUGCAUGCUCUGCUUCACUGGCCUUGCUGCACCUGGGUGCCUGGGGCACCCUGGCCUUCCAAACCACAGCUGUGCCAAGCCAGACUGCAGGCAAACACAAUAAAAUGACACAAUUGUGUGUGGAUCCUCC